CUCCCGGAGGCUAUGGCAGCUGUUGCUGGGGGGGGGCUGGAUCCCGGCUCGCCGCUGACCCUCCAGGGGGCCGUGCUGGGGCUGCUGUUGAGCCACCCGGGGGGCGUCCCCCUGCGGGAUUUUGGGAGGCUCUUCCACCAGCACCAUGGCCGGCGCCUGGAUCUGCCCCGGCACAGCUACCGCUCGCUGCGCCACCUGCUGGGUGACAUGAAGGAGCUGGUGGUCCUGGAGGAGGAGGGCAAGGAACCGUGGGUCCGGUGCCGGCGCCCAGUCUGCAACCUGCUGCCGGAGGCCAUGCCCCCCAAGAGACGCCGCCAUCAUCCCCAGGUCCACAAGGAGGCGCCACCCGAACGGCAGCUGGCAGAGGCUCCUAAAUCAGCUCCCAGGCCUUGGAACUCCUGCCACCACCUGGCUGCGCCCCCGGGCCACCCGCCGGCCAGAUCUGCCCCUGGGCACCAAGCCAGCGCCUGGCUGCCCCGAGCUGCCUCGCUGAGCCGCUUCCCCAGCUCCCGCCUUCCCGUGGCCGCCCCCCGGCAGCUGCCCCUGCUGACCUUUGCCAACCAGCCCCUGGGCCUGGCCACGUCCUGGGGGGCUGCCCUGAAUAGCCCCGCGCCGGCCCCCAGCCGGCUGCCCCGCCCCACCCGCCCGGCCAGCCCCCGGCUGGACCCCCCCGUGGCCGAGCAGGCCGAGCUGGAGCAGAAUGUGGCGCGGGUCCUGCGGGGCCACCCCGGGGGCAUCUCCCUCUUCCGCUUCCGCCAGGCCUACGGCGCCGCCUACGGCCACCCCUUCCCCCUGGACAGCGCGGCCUCGGUGAAGGAGCAGCUGGCGGCCAUGCCGGGGGCGGUCAGGGUGCAGGGCUGGGGGGUGCAGACGAUGCUCUUCCCGGUCUGCCCCCAGGAGCUCCCCAGCGAGGAGACUGGUCUCUCCCCGUCUCUGCCGGAGGCCGUCGUCGCUCUUGCCAGCCCCGAUGUGGCACUGGCCGCCCCAGCUGUGGUCUGUCCGUCUCCUUCCAUCUGUGCCAGCUCCCCAGAGGCCCCCCUGGCUCCUGCAGGCCCAGAGCAGCCCCCUGUCCUUUGCAGCCCUCCCCUAGGGCACAGGAUGGCACCGGGGUCCCCAGCUGAGCUCCCCAUGCCCCCCGCUGCCUCGGCAGCCCCCUGGCCACCAGAGACGGGAUGGGAGCAUGAAUCCCUGGGGCCCAUCACUGAGCAGACGGACGUCAGGGAGGGCAUCGCAACAGCUACACCAGCUGCUGGCACUGUGCCAUCUGAACUGGGGGCCGAGCUCUCCCUGCCAUUGGCUCUGGCAUCGUCUGUAUCCCUGUCCCCUGCAGGUUCCCCCUGCGGUCCCACCCCACCGCUGAGCCUGGACCAUGUGGUUGCCACGGAUGCCGUCCUCUACGGCCUUAACUCUGCCCCCAGCUCUGCAAGCUGUCCCAGCCCAAAGCCAUCCUUUUCCCCAGUUUUGCCAGGACCCAUAUCUGGUGUCCAUCCUCUGAUGGCCGUGCUCUCCCCUGAGCCAGCCUGGUCCCCCAUCCAAGAUAUCCCUGGCACCGCAGAUUCCCCCAGGGAGAGACCACCCUUCAGGCCCCUGCCUCUGGGUGAGCCCAGCUUGGCAUCCCCCUACAAACAUCGGGAGGACGGGGGGGCACCAUGGGCGGCCAUCAAGCCAGAGCCCCGUCUGCCCCAAAUCUCCCUGCCCCGCCCCCCACCUAUGGGGAGUAAGAGGAAGCCACCCAAGCGGAAAUCUGACAGCUGUGUCCUUCUGUGAGGUGGGCAUUGUGAGUUGAUGGUGUCUGUGUGAAAUUGGCAUGGGGGGGGCGUGAAAUUGACAUGGGUGGGGACAGCACAAUGGGCUGGGUCAGGCUGGAUAGGAGGGGAAUUGUAGGACAAGCACCCACAUGUUAGAAACGCUUCUCUCCUGCUCGGGGAGAGGGAGCCGGUUUCUGCCCCGGCUCCCGCAUCGCCAGCUGAGAGCGGAUCUGGAGCAGGCAGGGAAGGGGAGAUGGUGAGGAGAAAGG